UGUGAGGGACACAAUCGUGUUCUAAAUCCCAUUCUUACAUAUUGCUAACAUUAUAACCUUUACAUUUUUUAUAUGAACGUUACUUGUACCCAUUUAUUAACUAGUAGCCUCUUGGAAAAGGUUUAAGCAGUAAUGUUAAAUGUAGCAUUUUAAACAACUUCUGCCCGAAACAGGGUCGUUAUGUCAGUACAACUAGACUGGAACGAAGCACUGUUCCCGAGCUUAAUAUUCCAGCUGUUUCCAGUCCCUUAACCGCAUACCGUGGCAGCGUCAAAUGAGGUACAGAGCGGACCUGCUAGUGUUUAAGUAUGGGAGUCGUUUUUGCCAAUCUCAGAACUCAGGGCGGUACAGGUCAGAUGUUCUUGCUGCGCGGUUGUACUGCACCCAGAGCCCAAAGGACCCACCUAGCAAGCCUCCGUUGCUGCAGACCAGCAUGAACACCUUGCAGAAGGUGACUGAAGUGGGUAAACAAUUUGGGCAGAACACUGUCAAGCAGAUAGCAGCAUCCACAAACUUACUGUGGGCGAGAUAUGAAGAGUUUGUGGGUCUGAACGAAGUCCGGGAGGCACAGAAUAAAGUCACAGAGGCUGAGAAGGAGUUUAUGGUGGCCAGAGGGAUUGUCCGAGAGUCCCAUAAGAGCCUGGAGAACCUGCAGUUGAAACUAAAAGAGGUUCGGGAUCGGCUGGACCGAGUCUCCAGAGAGGAGGCCCAUUACCUGGAGCUGGCCACCUUGGAGCACAAACUGCUGCAGGAAGAGCGACGUCUCCGGACUUCGUAUGAAAACGCAGAAGAAUCUGAGCGUGUGACGUUCUCUUUGUUUUCAGUGGCGGUGCGGGAGAGCCACGAGAAGGAGCGCACGAGGGCUGAAAGGACGAAAAACUGGUCCGUCAUUGGCUCUGUACUGGGGGCCUUAAUCGGGGUGAUGGGUUCCACCUACAUCAACAGGGUGCGUCUACAGGAACUGAAAAGCCUGCUGCUGGAGGCCCAGAAAGGACCAAUAAGUCUUCAGGAAGCCAUCAAGCAGCAGGCAGCCAUGCACAACUCCCAACAGGAAGAGCUGAGUAGUCUUAUCACCAACAUGCGGAGAGCGGUGGGGGAGGGUGUGAAAGUAGAGGCACCAGCCAAGCCAUGGAUACCCACAGUAAGCAAGCCCACUGAGGCUGCCCAGUCCUCUGAGGUUGCCCAGCCCUCUGAGGCUGCCCUCAAAGAGCAGCUAAUCUGCAGCAAGAAGACCCAAAGCCUAGUGGAAUCCCUCCAGCCUAAAUUACAGAAGGUGGAGCAGACCAUGGGUAAGAUGAUGUCUGAGCUGCAGUCAGUGAGGGUGGCUUUCCAGUCUCGCCCCACGGAGAGACCCAUUCUAAGAGCGGAAGAGGUGCAGGUCUUGGAUGCUGAAGACGUUCUGAGCGGAUUGGCUGAAACGGAACAGAGGAUAGAGGCACAAAUGCAAAAAAACACAGUGUACAGCACAGUGCUGACAUACACUGCCUUUGGAUUGACGCUACCUGUACUCUAUUUCAUAUUCAAAGGCAACUGAGAAACAGUGAUAUAGAGGGUUAUACUGCGACUACCUGUACAUACACUGGUCCAAACAAUCAGAGAAAGCAAUAUUCAGUGUCACACAGGCACUCAAUUUCAGUAUUUCAAUGAAUUUGUGUCCGGUGUGAUCACAUAUACUUCAUGUACAGUAUGGAGGAUGGUCAUAAAGACAAGUAUGGAAGGAAACAGUUAGGCCCCUGUUCACCAGUGUAGACUGUAAUAUCAUAUAUUUAUAUAUUACCAUCCCCAGAUUGUUCUCCCUUAAUUGUUUAUAGCCAUGUAUGUGGAGGUGAAACCCAUACUAGUGUAAGAUGCUACAAGACUAAUGAAAUGUUACCUUUAGUGCAUUGUCGUUCUUUAUGCAGGUCUCAGAUUAUAGUCUUUGAAAGCAACACAUGCAAACUUUUAUUUAUAUAUGUAUAGAAGUAAUGUGAAUUUUAAUUCCUCUUGGGAACUUUUACAUCGUGUUCUUCCUUGGGUGAAUUGCACCAUCAUUGUGAUCUAGUAUUCAAGAGGAUAUGCUGUCAUCCUUGUGUCAAAGGAUCUCCGUCACUGUCUUAUUGUCAUAACAGAGGUUAGGGACAGUUGUUUAAUUUAUUAUUAAGCAUGGUGUGUCAGAGGGUCUCAGGGCUGAUUGAAUUUCAGGAAACAGAUGGUAGAGUGAUUACCUGUUUUGAACCCCAGAGCAGCUGAUGCCCCAGUGCAGUUGAAAUACUGAAGAAAACACGAGCAAGGACGAGGUUCCCAGUAUAUGUAGGUAACUGAAAGGUCUCAGAUAGCUGGCCUUUAAUUGCUUUCAAAUAUUAUGUAUUAAAAUAUGCUUUAAAAAUCUGAGACUUGGAUAGGGGAUGACGGUACGCUUAAGGUAAGUACUUAUGGAGUAAAUGAGUUACUUUACCGAAAAUGCAUCGGACAGUGUCAAGAUGUUAAAGAAAUUAAAGAAACAGUUAUCCUUCCAUUGCAUUCCCAAUUAAGGUGUUGCACUGGGGUUUCAUCAGUAUAGCCCACUUUGAUUUAAACCUCAGUUAUUAAUCUUUAUAGUGAUUGACUGUAUGCACUUUAGUGCCAUGUGUUCCCAGUAUCAAAGAUCACGUUAAACCCACCUCUAGGGCCAGGUUCAAGGGUUUUGACAAACAUUUUUUUAUAUGUAUUCAAGGCCAUUUUUGGGGGAUAUGUAUAAAAUAGAAGAUCGUCACAGCAACUCUUGGCCCCCUAUUUACUACUGGCUGCUAAAAAACUUCAGCAUUUUAGAGUCUAGAUUAGGCUGCACAUACAACAUUAGCUGCCAAAUAGUGAUCUUUACAUACAUGUGAAGUUGCCAGUGCUGUUUCGGAUUUAGGAACCAAGUCAAUGGGGAUCCGUUUCUGUCUGCAGCAUGGUACAGGUCAGGUACGUCAUUCCAACUUGCAAAAUGCGUUUCUUGUAUAGUAAAAAUUUAAUUAUGUACACCUGGCAAUGGGUUUAGCUCAAGGUCUCAAAGGAGAAUGAUACUGCUCACCACUAUAUACAGUAAAACCUGCAUCUAACAGGAAUGCAAGAGGAUAGUCUCUAUAUGGGUGAUAUAACAAAGUGAAAUUAUACUUGCAUGGAUAUUCAUCAGAGUGAUUGUUAUAUAUUGGUGAUGUACCUGGAAAUGCAUAUUUAUUCAAGUGGCCUUUGUAUAGGUGUGAGGAUAUACAAAAAUGUACAGUCAAUUCUCAUUAAUAUGAAUUUCAGGGGACCAGUAAUUUUUUUUUUUAUUAUUAUUAUUAUCAUGAGUCUUAGCCAAAUACCUACUGUCUGUUUUUGAUGCAGUUACAGUAACACUGAAAUCCAAUUUUAAUUACAGAACAGAGAAAAGUAUCAUACAUUUAAAAGUACUGUGCAUUUUUUUUUUUUUUUUAAAUACAGUUGUAAGUGAACUUUUUAAAAGUAUACAUUGCAACUUGAAAUCUACAUGCCCCAUUCUGAUCACAGGUAUUUUUAAACCACACAAACAAGGCGUCCUUAACAUCAGAGUAUUGAGCAAUUAGGAAAUGCUGACAAGUUGCAUCCACAGUUUGCUGUCCAUAGGCCUGUAUUAUUGUACCCCAAUUUUUUAGAAUGGUUGUCAAAUUGUUUGUGAGAAAUUGCUGAAAUUGUUGAAAUCUGCAGCAACAUCUUUCUUUUUCUUGCACGGUGGUGCAUUAUCCACUGCUUUCAACACCUCCACUUUUAUCUGCAAGGAUAGAGCACGUUUCUGCACUGCUUCCUGGAAAUGGCAUUGAUGCAUUAGCACUAUGGCAAGUUGAAAUGCACCAUAUGAUCUUUAGCUCCAAAACAGCACUAAAAUAUGCUAAUCUGGAUACAAGUUAAUACAUUUCCUGAAUAUCCUUUAUUCAGCUGUUCAGAAUUUUCUUCCCGGAGGAGGCUUCAAAGUAAUUUGCACCAACAGAACAUUUGUGUAAGUGAAUUGGUAUUAUAAGAAGUAAUUUACAAUAAGUGACUGCUAAAUUUCCGGGACCAUGUAGAAAUUUCGUAGUGUCAGGAAAUUCCUCUAAUCCGAGUUUGUUUUAAAGAGAAUUGAUUGUAUGUAGAUGCCUUUAAGAUGCAAUCGGAAUGCAGGUAGUUAUGUUGUGCCUUAGUAAGCCGAUGCUCCACAGUGUUCUCCACUGUGGUGGAGUUUAUUCAGACCUUCCAGUUGGACUUCUGCCUGUUGCUUUAUCUCGGGCAGGCAGGCCAGGGGGUUAGCUAGGUACUAAUGAGAUACAUGGUGUGAAGAGACAAGUUCCUUGUGUAGUGGGGUGUAUUCACUACACUUUUAAUUUUCAUUUUAAUUUUCAAAUUUUAAGACUGCUGGGUAAAAGGAUAAUUCAGAUCAUCACAGUUUUACUUAUAUUUAAUAUUGUACUGUACUUCAUUAAAGCCCAUUAAGGAUGUUCUGCAUGAUUAUUUGUUUAUUCUGCUAAGAUCAUUAUUUGCCUUGGUUACUAACUGUUCCUGCAAAGAUUGCUUCUGAAAGGACUCCUUUGUGGUGAAGCACAUCACUUUUGCACAGAAACAGUGCACUGUGAUUCAAUGGACUUCAAUACACAGCAUAGCAAUAAUAUGCCUCCCCACAAUCAGCUCUGGGGAAGCUUUUCAGAAGCAUCUCGUGUCCUUCACCUCUUGUCUGUUGGGUCACAAGUGAGUCCGGUAAUCUCUUCAGUAGUCCACUGCCAAAAAUUAUUACACAUUUUUGCACAAUUGGUUUAUACACAUGUAUGGGUUCAUUUGAAAUAAUCUAAUUUGCUUGAAGAUUGUGGAUUCAUAACAUUACUGAUCUUUUUGGAAUUUCAAAAACACAGGAAUUAAGUAUGUUCUAUUCAAAAGAGACAGUGCACUUGUUAAAAAAAUAAAAUCAAUGUGCGAAAUUAGGUUAUACAAAAGGUUUGUAACACUGUAACCCCAUGCAAAACCACUGAAAGAAAUCAGCAGUAUCUUCAGCAGUUUCUGUCUUUAUGUUCUCCAUGCCUCUUUCCACCUAGCAGUGUCUCAGUAUCGUGUUGAAGGCUUUGUCCACUCCCAGUGCAUUUGAUGUCUAUAGCCAGUGCAUAAGCAUUUUUUAUGCCACUGUAAUAUUUAUUAUAUUUGGUUCUCCUAGCUCAAGCAUGUAGGUACUUGAUUUGAGAUGAACAAGCACCUAUAUAUAACCUUGGCAGCAAGUGAAUCCGGGAACAUGGAGCAGAUCUGCCAAGAGCUGCAAGUGACAUUGAAUACUAUAUUACAGUGAUUAGAAGCUUUCACUAUUAGGAGUAAGUUGUUCCAAAUGCCAAUUUGUUUGCCCAUAUUGUUGUGUUAUGUUUGCAGUGAUUCUAAGUGGUUCUUAUUAUAUUUAUUAAUGCUUGUUUUACUUUAAAUCUCAGUCUAAACCUGGCUUUUGAGUGUGUCUGGAGAAUCCUAAGUCCCAGCAAUAUGAUCUUUCAACUCUGCCAAGCCCACCAACUAUUUGAGGUGUUAGCAGAGUUGAAUAGGCAUAUUAUCACAUGGUUUUAAUUAGGAAGGCUGUUUAGCGUUGGCACUAUAGAUUCUCGAGCUAACCCAGACCCACUCAGAAUAAUUGCAAACUACAUAAAAAAAUGAAAAAUUAAGAUAGUGACAUAACAAUUUGGGCUCUGUACUAGUUUUAUGUGUUGUAUGCAAUAGAUGUGAAAAUGUAUCAGACAGACUUUGUUGCUCAGUCAGCUGCAUUGCUGGUAACAUCUCAAUUAAAGGGACAGGCCCUUCUACUAUGUAUGUAUUCCGUACAGUCGUAGAUUUAACCCUUUACAGCAUGGUCUAUGGACUAUACUAACAGAAUCUUGAUUUCUCACCCCACAGACAUUUAAUACUGAAGACGUUAACAACAGUGACUUGAGAGACAAAGUUUACAGUACCUCAUAGACCACUUAUUAUUUUUAAUAAAUCUUGGUUGACAGUUUUAAGAUAAUGUGUUUAAAGCUCUAAGGAAGUUAGAAACUUAAGAUGAAUAAAUGGGGAAUCAAUUUAAAAUAAAUACCUUUAAACGCAUCUAUGGUGAUGUGUAUAUGGUUAUAACUUUUGUUAUUUAAUAGAUAUAAAAAAGUAGAACUGGUUAAAUGAAUGAACAACAAAUUGAAGAAUGCUACAGAUAAUGAAACUAACACACUAUACACUUUAAUGUAUGAGCCAGUAAGAUUUCAGUCUUGUUUCUAUUAAAAUUAAAUUUGAAUAUUCAGAAUUAUAAAUUAUACAAAUGGCAAAAAGGACCAUAUUGGUUCUUUAUGAAAAAAAAGCAUUGUUAUUUUGUUAUACCAUAAUAAAUGAACUGAUGUCCUUGUUUAUAAGGUAAUGAAAGGAUGAAAAUUGUCAGGCAUAAUCAUUUUUCAGCGGUGAAGGUACAUGUAUAGUAUGCUGUCUCAUAGCACAUGACAGUCUUUUUGUGACCCAAAGUUAAGACAAAGAAUACACUGUUAAUUUAAAAUUCUGUCUUAUUAAAAACAAGCUUUAAAGAGCAUAUCCCCAAAAAAUGAAAUUUAAAACCACUUGAAGAGCAAAAUGUGGUUCUGAGUUAAAUACUACUGCUUUGUUUAUCAAUAUCUCACUAUCUAGUAAAUGUCAGCUAAAGAUUCAGAUCAAAAAA